AGUUUGAUAUGUUUCUGGUUGCCACUAACAACGAGAAAUUGUAUAUAAGCAUAUAUUUCUAAGUAAAUCUUUGAUUAAUAAUGCGAUAAAAAGGGUAAAAGGGUUAUUAAGAAUCGUUUUGAAAUUUAUUUAUUGAUACUUAUUCGAUUCAUAAUAAUAAGGUGACAAUCACUAUGAGCUCAACUUUUGGCGGCAGUGAUAGCAACAAUAAUUUAAAUGUCAUUAUUUUUGAUGCGUCAAAAAAUGAAAGGAAAAUGAACGAAGAAUUUAAAAUACUCCAAAGGAAGUUGAAAUCAAAAUGGAAAUUCGUCGAAAACAACGACAUUUUAACAGAGGAAUUGUUAUCGACGUGCAAAAUAUUAGUAUUGCCUGGUCCACGAAAUAAAUUUACAGAAUUAGAAAUGAAUUCUAUUAGAACGUUCUUAAAUUCUGGUGGGCAUGUUUUAGUUAUGCUCGGCGAAGGUGGUGAAAAAAAAUCAAAUACUAAUGUAAACUUUUUAUUGGAAGAGUUUGGCAUAAUGGUGAACAAUGAUAGUGUUAUACGCAUGGGUUACAGUCAAACAAUGCAUCCAAAGGAAUGUUUAAUUUCUCAAGGAAUGUCAAAUAAAUCUAUAUUUCUAAGAAAUAGCAAUGAAUACAUAGACAUGAACUUUUUGUAUCCAUACGGUGCAACUUUAAAUGUAGUACAACCAUCAAUAGUUGCGUUAUCAAGUGGAUCACUAGCAAUUCCAACAAAUAGACCCAUUUCUGCUUUUCAUUAUAAUGAACGCAAUGGUGGAAAGUUACUUGUUUUAGGUUCUUCAAGAAUGUUAACUGACACAUAUGUUGAAAAAGAAAAAAAUGAUUUAUUAAGACAAAUGAUCUUUGACUUUUUUGAAUCAAAAGAUAUUGUAAUAAAAGAAUCUCAAAUGGAUGAUAUAGAUUUCUGGGAAUAUAAUUUUAUACCAGAUAUAACACAACAAGCUGAUAAUCCAAAAGUAUGCACUCAAGAUAUGGAUAUAAUGGAUAAUCCUCGUGAUUAUACUAAAUUAUUUAAACAUCAUCUUUAUUCAAUAAAUUUAGACAUGAUACCAGUUUGUAUAAAGGCUUAUGAAGUGCUUGGUGUAAAACAUGAACCGCUUAGUCUAAUUCCACCACAUUUUGAGGCCCCAUUACCAGCCACACAAGCUUCGGUAUUUCCACCAAGUUUCCAAGAAUUACCACCACCAGCUUUGGAAUUAUUUGAUUUAGAUGAAGCUUUCAGUUCUGAUUUAUUGAAAUUAUCACAAUUAACAAAUAAAUAUAUGGCAACAAAAACCUUAUCCAAAGACGUGGAAUUAGAUCAUUACAUUCGUGAAUUUGGAAGUAUUGUUAGAAUAAGUACUUCUGACACCCAUACAGCUAAAGAAGUAUUAAAUGCAGUUUUUCAAAGUAUCUGUAGCUACAAAGCUAUGCAUGAAUGAGAAUAUUAGAAAAUUGUAUAUAUUGUGUAUUUCUCAUCUUACUUUUAUAAUAUAAAUGUACAGAUAUAUAUACAA